AAAAAAAAGGAAAAAUGGUGAAGAGCCUUCAUUUUCACUCCAUUCACAAGCCCUUCUUAGCUCUUGGAGUUGCUUCUUUUUUCUUCUUCUUUUCCUCACUAAUUAGUGUCCAUGGCCACACUAUCAAAGCUCACAUCUUCAUCUACGCAGGCUGCUCGGAAGAGAAGUUCCAACCGAACUCCGCCUUCGAUGGAAACCGCAACUCUUUUUUGUCCUCAGUUGUUAGCUCAUCCUCUCAAGCGUUGUACAACAGCUUCGCCAUCGGUAACGGAAGCUCAAGCACACCGCCGGAAGCCACCAUAUUCGGCUUAUACCAGUGCAGGGGUGAUUUGAAUUCUCUUGACUGCUCAAAGUGCAUAGAGAGCUUGGUGAACCAAAUAGGCCUCGUUUGUCCCUACUCCUAUGGAGCUUCUUUACAGCUAGAAGGCUGCUAUAUUAGACACGAGCAUUUAGACUUCUUGGGGAAAAUCGAUACCGGUCUAAGGUACAAGAAGUGCAGCAAGAGUGUGAGCAACGACGUCGAGUUCUUUAGGCGAAGAGACGACGUUCUAGCGGACUUGCAGGGGGCUACGAGCUUUAGGGUUAGUAGCUCUGGCUUGGUUGAAGGCUUUGCUCAGUGUAUUGGAGAUUUAAGCCCGACGGAUUGCUCUUCUUGUCUUGCGGAUGCUAUCGGGAAGGUGAAGAGCCUGUGUGGUUCGGCUGCAGCCGCCGAUGUGUUCUUGGCACAAUGUUAUGCUCGUUAUUGGGCUUCUGGCUACUAUGAUCUAUCUUCAGAUUCCUCUAAUGAAGAUGAAGCGGGAAAAACAGUGGCCAUUAUUGUUGGCGUACUUGCAGGCAUAGCCGUUCUGAUUGUUCUCCUCUCGAUUUGUCGGAAAACAAUGGGUUCAUGAGAAGGGACAUAAUUAAAGAGCUCUAGGACGCUUAAAAUAUAUGGAAAUUGGAGAGUAAUCAUUGCAAAGGGAUCACAUGUGUUGGUUUAAUAUUCUUAUUUACAUCUCUUUCUUUACUUUUUUUUGUUUAUUUUAAUACCAUAUGGUUUUCCACGGAAGAAGGUGGGUGUUAUCUUCUGUUAUAAAGUGGCAUUCUAAUCUUCAUCAUCUUCUUUAAAAGUGCUGCUGAUUCUCU